UUGAAGAAUUACCAACAGCAAUGACUGACAGAAGCCCCUUUGAAACUGAUAUGCUCACUCUGACCCGCUAUGUUAUGGAGAAAGGACGUCAGGCCAAAGGGACAGGGGAGCUCACACAACUGCUGAAUUCCAUGCUGACUGCCAUCAAAGCCAUUUCCUCAGCAGUGCGCAAGGCCGGCCUAGCCAACCUGUAUGGAAUUGCAGGAAGUGUGAAUGUGACAGGGGAUGAGGUGAAGAAACUGGAUGUGUUGUCCAAUUCCCUGGUUAUAAACAUGCUCCAGUCCUCUUACAGCACCUGUGUCCUGGUCUCAGAAGAGAAUGAGGAAGUGAUUAUCACAAACAAGGACAGGCAGGGGAAAUACGUGGUCUGUUUUGACCCUCUGGAUGGAUCUUCCAACAUCGACUGUCUGGCCUCCAUUGGAACCAUAUUUGCCAUCUACAAAAAGAUCUCAGAGGAUGAGCCUUCUGAAAAGGAUGCUCUACAGACUGGUCGUAAUAUUGUGGCUGCAGGAUAUGCCCUCUAUGGUAGUGCAACUUUGCUGGCUCUUUCCACAGGACAAGGAGUGGACCUUUUCAUGCUUGACCCAGCUCUUGGUGAAUUUGUCCUAGUGGAAAAAAAUGUCAAGAUUAAAAAGAAAGGAAAGAUUUACAGCCUCAAUGAGGGCUAUUCCAAGUACUUUGAUGCUGCUACCAUGGAAUAUGUGCAGAAAAAGAAAUUUCCUGAGGACGGUAGCUCUCCUUAUGGGGCCAGGUAUGUGGGCUCUAUGGUGGCUGAUGUGCACCGCACCCUGGUCUAUGGAGGCAUCUUCCUGUAUCCGGCCAAUAAGAAAAGUCCUAAGGGCAAGCUUCGGCUCCUGUAUGAGUGCAAUCCUGUGGCCUAUAUCAUUGAGCAGGCAGGAGGCUUGGCAACCACAGGCACACAACCUGUGCUGGACAUAAAACCUGAGUCCAUUCAUCAAAGAGUCCCCCUCAUUCUGGGGUCCCCAGAUGAUGUGCAGGAAUAUCUCACCUGUGUACAGAAAAGCCAGUCAGGCAGGUAGUGACUUUGACCAUACA